UAUCGAUUCUGAUAUCUAUCCAAGUGUUUUGAAAAGUAUAAAAGUAAAAUUAUUAUGAUUUUUAAGACAUAUUUUUGAGUAUUUGUUACAAAGAUUUUAAAGAUCUAACAAUAUGUUAUUUUUUACUGUGAUAUUCUUGACGGUAGCAUCCACACUCGGUCAAAUUCCAGUUGAUCAGUGCCCAGAAGUAUCGGUUGAACAAAACUUCAACGCUGCUGCAUAUUUGGGUAAAUGGUAUGAACAACAAAAGUAUCCAAUCAUCUGGGAACUGGGAGGCAAGUGCAUUACUGCCAACUACUCUUUAAACAGUGAUGGUACAGUGAAAGUUUACAAUCAACAAACAGAUAUAUUGACAAAUGAAAAAAAGGAUAUAAUAGGAGAAGCAAAAAUUGAUUCUGAUAAAGGAGAAGCUAAAUUGUUGGUUACAUUCCAUAAUCCAGAGGUAACAGCUCCUUACUGGGUUCUUAGUACCGACUAUGAAAAUUAUUCUGUGGUGCUCUCAUGUGAUAAAGCUUUUGGUAUAACUGCAGAAACCGUCUGGAUACUUACAAGAGCUCAGAAUCCAUCGCAAGAUAUUAUAGAUGCAGCUCUCAAUGUAGUCAAAAAGAAUAAACUAUCUGAUAAUUUACUAAUAAAGACAGAUCAAGAAAAUUGUAACUAAAUUAUGUCCUUUCUUUCCUUGUUCGAGACUAUUUUAAAUAAAUAAAUAUAUAAUUUACUUUACUUUU